AUGGGGGAGUGGGCGUUCCUAGGCUCCCUGCUGGACGCGGUGCAGCUGCAGUCGCCGCUCGUGGGUCGCCUCUGGCUGGUGAUCAUGCUGAUCUUCCGCAUCCUGGUGCUGGCCACGGUGGGAGGCGCCGUGUUCGAGGACGAGCAGGAGGAGUUCGUGUGUAACACGCUGCAGCCCGGCUGUCGCCAGACCUGCUACGACCGCGCCUUCCCGGUGUCCCACUACCGCUUCUGGCUCUUCCACAUCCUGCUGCUGUCGGCGCCGCCGGUGCUGUUCGUCAUCUAUUCGAUGCACCAGGCCAGCAAGGAGGCGGGUGGCGCGCAGGCGGCUCCGCCGUGCGCGCGCGGCCGUGCCGAGGUGCCGUGCUCCCCGUGCGCCCUGCGCGCUCGCCGCGCGCGCCGCUGCUACCUGCUGAGCGUGGCUCUGCGCCUGCUCGCCGAGCUGGCCUUCCUGGGUGGCCAGGCGCUGCUCUACGGCUUCCGUGUGGCCCCGCACUACGCGUGCGCCGGGCCACCUUGCCCGCACACGGUCGACUGUUUCGUGAGCCGGCCCACCGAGAAGACGGUCUUCGUGGUCUUCUACUUCGCCGUCGGGCUGCUGUCGGCGCUGCUCAGCGUGGCGGAGCUGGGCCACCUGCUCUGGAAGGGUCGCCAGCGCGCCAAGCUGCUCCCGCCGCCGCCGCCGUCGCCCUCUCUGCCUUCGCAGCGCGGGGACCCCGAUCCCUUCGGUCCGCCAGCCUACGCGCACCGCUCGCCGGCCGGCGACAGCGAGGGCGAGGGCGGCAGCGGUCACAGCAAAGCGUCGCUGGCCACCCUGCGCCAGGACCUGGCCAUCUAGCGGCGAGAUCGGAGGCUGGAUGUCAGCACCCGGGUCCUUGGAGGCUUCUGAAAGACUGUAGGACCCUGCCUGAGCAGAAGAUGAGCAGAGGGGGACCCCCACCCCCGGCAGAAAAUACGCAGAGGGGACCGCCGGGGUUCGGGUGGGGGUGGUGUCGCACUUCCUAGUGCUGGUUACUGCAGCCGCGUUGAAUCAGGGAGGCUCCUCCGUGUUGUGAUCCCAGCAGAAAGGGAGAAUCCCAAAUGCUCCUCUGAGAGGAGGCAGACGGGCAGUGGAUGACCUGAUUGUUGCACGGGAGACAAAAAUCAACAGUUAUGGCAGCAUUCCCAGAUCCACUGCUAAUCAGAGAGUUCUCUGUGAGCUCUCUGUACACACAAGCACACUGGAUACACUCAGAUGGGUUGGAUGCACGAGCACAGAAAACCUCUGUGAGCUGUGUGUAUUUGCAUGUGUACGCUUGUGAGGGUCCGCACACGUGUGUGUGUGUGUGUGUGUGUGUGUGUGUCCCCACAAGUACACACCUCCCAAAUGACGGGAGAUACAGACCUGGGUUGUAAGGGUACAUGUAUGUCCUUGUGGGCACUUUGUGGGUGCAUGUAUGCAUGCAUCCUGUGUAAGCUCUGUGUACACACCUGUACACACACAUUUUGUGUGUGCAUCUGCCAUCACUGUCAGUCACUACCAGAACUCAGUUGUAGGGGCAGCCAAGAUGGCUUCCUCCCUAUUGACCUAACCCAGCCAGCUGUGAGGGCAUCAGUGUCCUUAGCAGGGACAGAAGGCAAGGAGAGUCCUGUUCAGUCAUCAUCCUGUAGUCUGUGCUCUGAGCCCAGGGGCCAGGCCGGGUAGCCACGCCCCGCCGCGGAGGCGGACUGGGAGUCGGGCUGGACCUGAACCAGACAGCGCUGUUCUUUUGGCUCAAUUCAUCUCUAGUCCCACCCAUCACCGCUCCUGUAAUCUGUAAACAUGGUUGAGUCCUUUCCGUCCUCAAGAAAAACUGCCCUUCGAAGAGACAUGUUUCUGGGUCCCCAUUCCCGUGCAACUAGCCCUACUCCUAGCCCAGACUUUCAAAGAGAUGCCACAUGGCAGGUCACCCCUCUGUCUGUCUUCUCACCUGUCUUCCUCCUUUGUUGCCUGUGUGGCCAUUCCAAAUACCCUCACCGGGACCAAGUGAUAAAUCCUGACAGACUAGGACUGGCUGCCUUCCCCGGCACCUCUGGCUCUCUCCGAUCUGUUGCCCAGGCCCUGCCUUUAGGCACCAUACUCCAAACUGCUCAUUCUUGCCCACACCAGCCUUCCCUCUGUCCUUUAUGUGCCAAAUCGCCGCCCACCUGAGAGCCUUACUUGACCCUUGAGGGAUUCCCUGUUCUUGGAGUAGAAGCAGCCAUUUCCCCUGGCUUCCUGCACACUGGACUCCCCUUGGCUGGGCCUCCACCCCCUCCCCCCACCUUGCCAUCUGUCAAACCAGCCUGAAGUUUCUGUUCCCAGCAAGCAUGCCCACCUGGGAUGCCAGUUUUAGACAUGCUGUCGGGUACAGUCUUACUUCCUGAAGCCCUGCCCCCUACCACUGCCUGCCUUUGUCUUUUGGUCUCAUUUGAAGAAAACGUGCCUCCAGGUAUGGCCUCAAGCUAGAGUCAGGCAUCCCAUGUUCCAGCCAUGUUCCAUCUGGGCAUGACAUACAGUGCUUUGGGGCCACUCCAUCAGGACGCUGCAGCUCACGCACAUGCUCCCAGUGGAAAUGUCUGGCUCUCUAAUGUUGGGUAGUUCUUUGUCUACAGCCUGGAGCCUUCCACGCAAGCAUACAUGUGAUGUCCAGCUGCCUUCCAAAGAUAGUCACUCAACAAAUAUUGGUUCAAGAUCACUAUCCAAUACGAUUGUACAUGAGGCACAAAGUAAAUUGUUUGUUUGGUUUGAUUUUGAUUUUUGAGAUAGGAUCUCUCUACAUAGAGAGAUAGCCCUAUCCUGGCUGGCUAGGAACUCACUAUGUAGACCAGGUUGGCCUCAAAUUCAGUGAGAUCGAACUACCUCUGUCUCCAACUGCCGGGAUUAAGGGCAUGCAUGCACCCCCCUACGUCCAAUUUACAAUGUAAUUUCCAAUUUUCAUUCAAC